UUUUAAAUUAUUAGAUUUACUUAAACUGUGACUGUACUCGAUUAUCCACUUAUACUACAUUAGGUAGUAUAUUACUGCAUAUCACCAAUAAUUGUAUCCCAGUUUUAUUUAGUACGUAAUAUUUAAAAUUGAAAAUUUGAUUUGAUUUCAACAAAUAAUUUCAGGUCUUACAUUUAAUAAUAUGGCAAAUCCAAAUGUGAAAGUUCAAUACAACCAGAUUUUUAUCAACAACAAUUUUGUUAAUUCGGCAAGUGGAAAAACAUUUAACACUAUCAAUCCGGCUAAUAAAAAGAUAAUUAUCAAUGUUUCUGAGGGAGAUAAGGAAGAUAUCGAUCUGGCCGUUAAAGCAGCGAGGGCUGCGUUCCAGCCAAGUUCGGAGUGGCGGACAAUGGAUGCAUCCGCUCGGGGAAAAUUAAUUUAUAAAUUAUCUGAAUUGAUAGAUGAACACAAAAAUUAUUUGGCCAAUUUAGAGUCUUUGGAUAACGGUAAACCAUUCGGUGAUUCUUUAUUGGACAUUGCAGUAUCGGUUUCAACUUUACAAUAUUAUGCUGGUUUUGCUGAUAAAAUUCACGGAAAAACUAUACCAGCAGAUGGGCCUUUCUUUUCAUUCACUAAACCUCAGCCCAUUGGAGUCGUCGGUCAAAUUAUACCUUGGAAUUAUCCAAUAAUGAUGUUAGCUUGGAAAUGGGGGCCGGCUCUUGCUGCUGGAUGUACAGUUGUUUUAAAACCAGCCGAACAAACUCCUCUCACUGCUCUGUAUAUUGCUGCAUUAACUAAAGAAGCCGGAUUUCCCGAUGGAGUUAUUAAUGUUGUGCCUGGAUAUGGUCCAACGGCGGGUAAAGCCAUUGCAAGCCACCCAGACAUAAACAAAGUGGCUUUUACUGGAUCGACAGAAGUUGGGAAAUUAAUCAUGGAAGAGGCAGCUAAGUCGAAUUUAAAACGUGUGUCAUUAGAAUUAGGUGGGAAAAGUCCGCUUGUUAUAUUCAAUGAUUUUGACGUCGACGAAGCUGCUAGCAUUGCCCAUGAUGCGGUUUUUGCUAACAUGGGCCAAAAUUGUUGUGCUGGUUCUAGAACAUUUGUACAAGACGGUAUCUAUGAUGAGUUUGUUAAAAAAGCUGCAAAACUAGCAUCGCUAAAGAAAGUUGGAGAUCCUUUCAAUUCUGAUACACAAAUAGGGCCUCUGAUUGACGAAAAUCAAUAUAAUAAAGUUUUAAGUAUGAUUGAAUCUGGUAAAAAAGAAGGAGCCAAAGUAGAAGCAGGUGGUUCCAAAGUAGGAGAUACUGGAUAUUUUGUGUAUUCAACAGUAUUUUCUAACGUGACUGAUGACAUGAGAAUCGCUCGAGAAGAAAUAUUCGGGCCUGUUCAACAAAUUAUAAAAUUCAAAACAUUGGAUGAAGUUAUCAAACGAGCAAAUGAAACUAAGUACGGAUUAGCUGCCGGAGUAUUAACGAAAGAUAUAAGUACUGCAUUGAAGUAUAUGGAAAACGUGGAUGCUGGUUCAGUUUGGAUCAACUGUUACGAUGUUGUUAAUACACAAUGCCCAUUUGGAGGAUUUAAACAAUCUGGACAAGGCAGAGAACUAGGAGAAGAUGGACUGAAUGAGUACUUGGAAAUUAAAACGGUGUCAAUCAAAAAAUAAGUAUUGUCAUCAAUUUAAAUAUUAUUUACUAUAAUUUUGUAUACAUAUAAAUAU